CACGGAAUCUUCCCCAGGUUUCGUUUGUUCUUUCAAGCACUGACUUUAAAAACCUGCGACCAUAAGCACGCAGUAACCCUCCCCGAGCCCGCGUCGCAGGCCUCCGCUAGCCAGAGCUCUCGCGACCGCUCGGGGGCCGACGCGCUGCCCCUUCCGGCCCGCAGGCUCCGCUCGGCUCUUCCCGGCGCGCUGGGCCUUCGGCUCUUUCCGGAGCCACUUGCGGCAGGCUGCGGAGGCGCUGCGGACGCGGGCUGCAGAUGUCGGACCGGCGGGCGGCUGAGGGGCCGGGCGUCUGGAGCCCCGCAGCCCGCCGAGGGCCGGCGCGCGGCGUCGGGGACGGCCCGGGAGUGGAGGGGAGCCAGGCGGCCGCCUCAGACAAUGAAGAUCUAGAAGUCACCAAGGUCACCUCUCUAGCAGCUUCUGCCUCUGAUCCAGAACCCCAUUCCUCACCCUACAGGCCACAGAUGGUGUCUCCGGUGAGGGAGGAUGCCACAGAAGAUCAGCAGAAGGCAGCCGGUGCCAUGGAGGCACAGGCCUCGGUGGAACAGGAAUUGCUGUCUGCAGACCAGGCCCAGGUCCUCAGCAAGAUGGCCAAGUACCAUGGUCUGCCAAGGUCUGGGGACAUCGUUAUGAUCCAGUCUGAGCACACAGGAGCUGUAGAUAUUCUUUCAGCUGAUUUGGAAUCUGCAGACCUUCUGGGGGACCACAGGAGAGUCUCCCCACCUCUGAUGGCUCCUCCGUGCAUCUGGACCUUUGCCAAGAUGAAGGAAUUCAAAAGCAAGCUGGGCAAAGAGAAGAACAGCCGUCUGGUGGUGAAGCGGGGUGAGGUGGUGACCAUCCGGGUACCUACCCACCCAGAGGGGAAGCGUGUCUGCUGGGAGUUUGCGACCGAUGACUAUGACAUUGGCUUUGGAGUUUACUUUGACUGGACCCCUGUAACCAGCACUGACAUAACGGUGCAGGUCAGUGAUUCCAGUGAGGAUGAGGAUGAAGAUGAGGAGGAAGAGGAGGAGAUUGAAGACCCUGUCCCAGCUGGAGACGUGGAGCGAGGCUCCAGGAGCUCCCUGCGGGGCCGCUAUGGGGAGGUCAUGCCCGUGUACCGGCGGGACAGCCACCGGGACGUGCAGGCCGGCAGCCACGACUACCCUGGCGAGGGCAUCUACCUGCUCAAGUUCGACAACUCCUACUCCCUGCUGCGCAACAAGACUCUCUACUUCCACAUCUACUACACCAGUUGAAGGCCCGCUGGGACAGUGGGUAGGCGGUGUUCGCUGGCUGGAGCAGGCUGCCAGCUGGGGCCUCUUGUUUUGGAUAGGCAAGAGCUAAAAGUUGAGCGUGGGGCUCCUGACCCUCACGCCCUGGCUGGCGUGCCUGACUGUUGACCCCAUGUAGCUUUUCCCCCUCCCAGGCUUCUGCAGAUGGUGGUAUAGUGCCCCUGUUCCGCGGUCCCUGAUUCACGCUCUUCUGGCUUUAGACUCCAGCAAAAUCUUUCUGUGGAGGAAACCAUCAGGCAAAAGCCUGAAAGGAAGUUGGGUGUUGCCUUUUAAAAAUAGGUUUGUUUUGGUACAAGGUGUAUUAUUUCAGUUGCUGUUCUCUUCUCUUCCAGAGCCUUUAUUGCAGAUGUGUUUAGUGGCACCCACUCUCUUCACUUUUUGAAAGGGCUGGAAGAGGGCAAAGCGCUUUGUCCAUGAAGGAGCCCAGUUUCCUGGAUGGAGAAAGCUCUGUCUAGCCUCUCACCACUGCCAUGUUCCCACCUGCGGUUUCUCUGUGGUCUCUAGCACGGGCUGGGGGCCCUCGCUGCCUUUGGAGGGGUGCUACUAGUCCUGAUGGUUUGACUCCGCCUCUUUCUCUCCUCUUUUCCCUUUUCUAAGUCUGCGUCUUUGCCAUUACAGCAAGAACUUCCAUGCAAUCCAAAAUGAUGAUCACUGUACUCUAUGAUCUUCUGGGAAGAAAAACUGCCUCCAUCACUCCCUAUUUCAAGAGGCACUGGUGGUCGAAGCGGAAAGGGUGGAAAUUAGGUACUGGAUUGAUGUCAGAACCCACAUUUUUGAAAGUCAAGUAUUAACUAAAUUAUUAUUUUUUUGUAUAAUCAAACAAGGAGGGGUACAAUCUGAGAGAGGAGGUUAAAAAAACAAAUAAAACAACACUCCAGAUUCCCCACGAUUUUUUUUUUUUUUUUUUUUUUUGGUCUUUAGGAGUGUUAUUUAGAAAUUUUGCUUUGGCACCAGUCAGAUUUCCAGAGUUUCUGGAUUUAGAUUUCUUGCAUUGAGGGCUCAAAGCUUUUGGUGUUCAAAGUCUCUCAGGAAAGGUGAUAAUGAAACUUCACUGUUGCUGCUGGUGUAUUUGUUCUUUAGUCCCUGGUGACCGCAUUUUCCACCCUGUGAGCCCUGAGGCCCAGGGUGCUGCAGCCAGUGUCACCAGAGCAGUAGGGUGUCCAGGCCCCCAGCAGAGGAGGGGGCAGAGAAGGGACCACUGCGAUUAUCUGUACCUCCUUCUUUCUUAUCCCUUGUGUCAAGCCUGUUACUGCCUUAGGAUUCUGAGGAAUAAUUAGAUUUAUUUAUUACUUUAUUUAUUUUUAAAGCACAUUUCAUUUUGCCUUGGAAACAGUUUCCGUCUGUUUCUCAGAAGGCUUCCAUCUGCUGUGAGCCAUUGAGGGCACCUCUUCUGUGGAGUUAAAGCUGACGAUUUCAGGAGGAGUGGGGAAGGGCUGAUGUUGCACUCCUGCAGGUCAGUCCUGUGAUGCUUUGGGAGGAGUCCGCCCCUUCUCAGACGGACGGGUUACGCCAGCUUACCCCGGCACUCCCUGUUAGGAAUUCUAGAUUGUGAGGGGAUCUGCCCAUUUGCCCCAGAUUGUGCAGAGGACUUGACUAGCCAACCAGAGGCAUCCUGUGAUUCUAGGACUUCAAAGUCCUUUGCCUACUCUGAGGAGUCAGCUUCUUCACGAUGUGUCCUUUAGCUCAUUCAUUCCUUGUGUGGGUGCCUCACACCAAGCCUUCCCUCUGCACAGAAGCAGAAACUCAAAGAACAGGGCUUCUCACAAUAGUUCUGUAGUGGCACCUACGUUAUGAACAAAAGGGCGAUACAGCCGCACCUUCUGUUCCUCUGGGGGCAAAGCCCCAAGUAGGAGAGGAUGCUGUAGACCACCAUAGCAUCCCCAUCCUCUGAGUGGCCUCAUACCUCCAUUAUUUUAUAUUUGAGUGCAUUUUAUAGAGGAUUAUACUGGCCCAAAUUUAUAUACCUUGUAAGAAGUUAGAAAUUAUUUUAGUGACUGCCUAUUUGGGCAGUGAAAGCAAACUUGCUGUGCGUCAUCCCAUCUGGUAGCUGUAUGACUGCUCUUUUCAUCACUGAAGUUGAAUCAUGCCUUAGCUAAUUGAAUAGAAUCUUUAUAAAAUAAUUUUCUACUGAGCUGUUCUCCAGUCAGCUAAAGCCUGGCUUAUUUUUCCUGUUUAUUAUUAACUUCUGACUUUCUCUUAAAAUGGAGCUGUCAGGCCAUUGGAAGCUCCCUGGGAUAACAUUUAUUGUUGUUUAUUUUUGCCAUCAGAGCCUGUACUUAUUUUCUUUGGAAUCCUAGUUCUGUGGCAUCAGGGAAGCCUGAGGGACUUGUUCCCAUCGCCUCUGUGUGCCUCUUAUUGUCUGGUCACUUUUUAAGUCCUGGACAUUGUUACAUUUCAUUCUAUACUGGUGUUUCAUUAACAGUCAGUGCUUCUUUGAUCCAUUCACAAAAAAUAGGUAAAUUAAUUCACCGUCUAAUUAAUUCACUAUGCUGUAUUAAGUAUCUGAAAUUAUUGAACUUUAGGGACAAAAUAUUACUUACCGAACACAGGUAAUUACUGAGAAUUUCAUAGUCCACCAGACCCCUUCACCCUCUUCUUUAGAGGAUAAAUAAAUAUUAACAUACAAUGGAAAGAAGAUACUUCACAGUAGGAGAGAGACUGGAAGUCUCUCCACAGAGUGGCUGAGUUCUUAAGUUUCUUCAGUUUGUUUAGUUUUGCUACUUUGUUGAGAGACAGGGCUUUUAGAAAGUUUAGAGUAUUAAUUUUUCCCAACAUUUUAUUUUGAAAAAUUUUCAGCAAACAAAAUUUAAAAGAGGGCUUCCCUGGUGGCGCAGUGGUUAAGAAUCCGCCUGCCAAUGCAGGAGACACGGGUUCGAGCCCUGGUCCGGGAAGAUCCCACAUGCCGUGGAGCAACUAAGCCCGUGCGCCACAACCACUGAGCCUGCGCUCUAGAGCCCGCGAGCCACAACUACUGAAGCCCGCGUGCCUAGAGCCCAUGCUCCGCAACAAGAGAAGCCACUGCAAUGAGAAGCCCGCACACCGCAAAAAAGAGUAGCCCCCGUUCUCUGCAACUAGAGAAAGCUUGCGCGCAACAGUGAAGACCCAACACAGCCAAAAAUAAAUAAAAUAAAUUAAAAAAAAAAAGAAUGUUUAAAAAAAAUUUUUUUAAAGAAGUAUAUAGUAAGCACCCUUAUGUAUAUCCAGCACAUAGAUUUUAAAGUUAUAAAUUGCUAAGUUUUAAACAAAGAUGAUUCUGCCAUUCUGUUCCUUUUGACAAGUAUCCAAUAGAGUAUAUUCCCUGCACAGACAUCGGCGCUCCUAUGUCAGAGAGCUCCUGGUUUAUUAGCAGAAUUAUUUCAUGCAAUGCCAGUUACCUGGGGAGGUGGUCCUCAUAAAAAUGUUUCUUGGUCUCCAUCUUUCAAAACUCAUGCUGUAUUUCCCCUCUCCCUCAGGCCAUAAUUUCUCAUGUUUUCUUCUCUACCUGGCAUGUCAGACUGAAGGUAAUUGUGAAACUGCUCUGGAAGGACUUUAUUCUAAUCUCUGUUGCUUUCCAACCCAUCCUCAGAACUCUGAAAUUAAAACUCAAUCCUCAGAUAAUAUGUAGCUUUAAAAGGGAAGUAGGUAGCAACUUGAAAUUAGGCCAUUCUUAGUUAUUUUUUUCUUAAUUGAUUCAUGCACUUUAAAAAUAUUUUUAUCUGUUAUUUAGGAAAGAAAAUCUUAGACUUUUAAAAAGUAUAUAUUGUCCCUUAUAAUAUGUAUAUGGAAGAGUUAAACCUGAAAGCUCACUGUCUUAUCUUGAUCACUGGGUUUAGAUAUUGUUGUAAAACAUCAUUUAUAGAAAAUAUGUGUUUGCAUGUUUUUGAUGAGCCCUAUCCAGUCCCUCUUUGAAAGAAUUAGGUGAGGCCCAAACCCUAAAGUCUGUAUUUUUAUAUUUAUUUUAAGACUGCUUUCCUGCAAAGGGUUGCCUUUUAACCCCAAAGUAUAAGGUUCUAAGGUACAGAGCUGAGUGACCCUAACAUUUACACAAAAGGCUAUUGUUUUAGAGGAAGGGGCAAGAGUGAAACAGUUCAUGCAGCUUGUGAACUGCCUUGUUACAUUGAUAGUAAGGAAUGAAAACAAUGAGAGGAAGAGAGAAAAGCUAUCAAAUGUAUCCCAGAAUUCUCCUCAUAUCCUGAUUUUGUGUAGUUCUUUAGUUUGCAUUUCAUCCGUUGGAAUUGUUCUUUAGGCCAGAAGCCUCACUGGUUCUCACUGUGCUUGUUGGAGAAAUCCCAAACCUACCUGUCUUUUCCAACAGGAUCGACUUUAGAAAUAUUUUUGAGUAGGUCUCCUCUGCUAAGUGUAAUCCUGACCUGAAGAUUGAUUUCAUCUCUAUAUUCUCUGAGACUUGUGAGUCCAGUGCCAUGAAAAAAAGAUGGUGAGUUUAGAAAGAGGCUAGGAGGAGUUCCAGCUGUGUCACUGUAGCCUCAGUUGGUUUUGACUAUGGCUAAAAAGGGAAGAAACAGGUUAAUUUUGACCAACAUCCCAGAAGAGCCUCAAGCCACAAGAGUGUGUUUGUGAACAAGCUCUGCCCUCUGUAGGCUGACUUCCCUGUGAGGUGUAGGAAUUGCCAUCUUCUUUAAUCUGUGUGGGACAGUCAUACACACAGCAGGCAAUGGGACCAACCAAACAGACACAGUUUGUUCUUUAUUUUAGAGCUUCCAUUUAGAAUUUCUCCCGGGUCUAAAAGGUCCAAAGCAACCACUUUAACUAGUCUCUUUCCACCUGGCCAAAAGUGUAGACCUUUUAGAAACCUGAAUUUGCUAGAAAAGGAAAGAGCACCAUCCAUGUAGAAUCUCAGUGGUUGAAAAGGGAAAGUGAGUUUCUGUCUGAAGGAAGGUGAUUUCAUUUUUUGUUGUUGUGAGGGGUAGCUUGCUAAGGGAUUUAUGCUCUCUAGAGAGCAAGUCAUUGUAUUCAUUGUAUUUGAUUGUGCUCAUGGAGCCAUGAUGCAUGAUUCUUUGGGGAGUAAAUAGGGAAUGGGUGUCUAAAACCAGUCACAAGUUGGGUGCUUUCCAGCAACCCAGUAUAUGGUGAAUAUUCAUAUGGCCAAAGUCCCAAUUUUCAUGCACAUGGGAUCCUGCCCCUAAGCCUUCAUUCCCACACAGCUGAGAGGUAAAGAGAGGGACUAGGCCCCCCUCCACUUCUCUUAUUUAUGGUAUUGUUUAGCACUGGCAGCAUGGUAUCCAAGGCCUCAGUUUACCUGGUUAACCAGAAUUAAAUAAUAACGUGAGUUGAGUAGAUAAAGGCAAUCAACCUAGGUUGGAAGUAGGGCUGAGGAGGGAUUAUGACUUAUAGUCCCACACUGGGGUAGCUGGGUAACUCGUGUAUGACUGUGUGGUUGGAACUCUUACUUUACCAGGUGAGUGAAGCAAGAGCUGCUUUGGCUCUCUUGGUACCUGGUUAUGGUCAGUGUUGCCCCUUUGCUCUGUCUAACCAGUCCAGCACCUGUGGGCAUUCCUUUGACACCUACCCAGUUAUUUAGGUAGUGAGGUUAGGGUAGGAUUUGGGACCUAAAGGGUGAGAGAAACUUUGCUAAGUAUUGCGUGGCCAGAUUUCAGAAAUCACUGCUCCCUCUGGGGUGUUGCAUGUCCCUGCUGGAACCAAGAAGGCCAAACAAAACUCCUCCUAUUUAAAAGUCUUGUCACCAACCUGAGAAAACCCAAUUAAUUGCCUAAAGCCUUGAUAGUGGGGUUCAUUUACAGUUAGUCCCUCAAAAACUAAGUCCAAAGGCACAAGACUCUGGCUUUGAAAUUAUUUGUAGUCCCAGUCACUGGUUUGAACUCAUGAUCUGAUUUCUUUUAGUCCCCCAGGCAUGUGGACCAGAGUUAAUUUCAUGGCUGUUCUUCACUCUUAAGAGAUAAGGAAAAGGUGCCCCAGAAGUCUAGAGAUACAGGCUUUUUCAAAAUUAAAUUCCACAGUUUUCUGUCAUUUUAAGCAGAUAGUUUUGACUUAUCUAGGGAUAAAAUAAUAUAUGUGAAAUGAUUUCCAGGGGACAAAAUGUAUUUUCUAAAUGUUCUGAUAUAGGGUCAUGAACAAUUGUUAAGUUUUGGUUUGAAAUAUUAUAGUAUAUGGGAUUACAGAAGAGCCCUUAACUCACCGUCAUGUAAAGGAGCUCUCUUCCUGAACUCUUUCUCUCACUCAGGUUUGAAAUGCCUCAUCUGUAAUGUUACCUGUAAGUGAUUGUUAUUGUUGGUUUUCAGGUUCAGGCAAGAAUCAUCUGGAAAACAUUAUCCUAGUUCCUUCUCUCAUGUCCUAAGCAGUACAUUUUACUAAGAAAUUCUGUAUUAAAAACAGUAACAGCCCUUUCUGAGAUUAUUGUCCCAUAAAUGAAUUUGUUUUUAUUUAAUCAAGUUGAAUUAUUUCCAUUUAGCCAUGUUCAAGAGCAAGUAAAGUCUGGAGAAAGCAAUCCAGUAACCCAUGAAUCUGGUGUACCCAUUCCCUUAAUAAUGGGAAGUGUUUUGAAAUCCCCAGAAGAAAGCUGCUUUGUAAUUAAAGUGAUGGAUUGUAAGGAAGCCAGACUUUGGGUAAGGAUUUCCCUAAACUACUUUAUGCCACUUAGCUUAUAUUUCUGAAAGGCCUGCUUUGGUGCCAUGCACUGAGAUCUAUCAGUUGAUUGAAAGAUGAUCACGCUUUCUUGGUAAAUAUUUAAGCAACUGGCAACCACAACGGCAUUCUUAUCGUUCUGUAUCAUGCACUGAAGCUGACGUUACAAAAAGGGGUCUGGAAGGGAAACAGUGUCACAGUCUUUUCUUUAAAAUCAAAGUAUCCCAAGCAAUCGUUUAUUGAGGUCAACUUGUUUUACAUGUACCCUAUCAUGAGGAAUGCUGUCAGCAUCUCCUAUGAUUUCUAAGAGCUCUGACCGAAAUUGUUAUUUGUUAUGUCCUGCUGAGUGGUUUUUCCUUUAAAACACCAUACUUUUACCACCCUGUGGCACUGAAUGUGUUGCUGAGAUACAUAGAUGAUCCUGAGCUAUGGUUCCUGAAAUAGCUCAGUUCUUUUGUUUUUAUAUUAUGUAACAGUUUUGUGAUGCUUUUGUGCAUUCUUUGUCUUCUCUUCCGAAUUUUGGAAUCUGUCAUAAAUAAACUUUUUCACUAUGCACCUGAAA